AUGGAUAAAAAUGAAGAAGAUGAACUUUCAUCCUCUCGAGUACCCGGUCCUCACGAAGAGGAUGAGUCUGACCCAACCUCACAGCAACCUCCAAGAGGAUGGAAAACAGUCACACAUCAUCCUCCAGAUCUAACCAUUGGGAAUACUGAAGAUGGUUAUUCUCAAACCAUCCCCUUCAGUUUGUUUCCUCCUCUCAACAAAAUGGCUCGCAUCAAAAGUACAGCCAAGAGAAAAAUCUCAUCUUUUGAUCCUGAAACAGAUUCACAAAACUAUUCAAGCUCUGAAUCCGCUGGCCAAAAAAUAAGUCACAAGUCUGCCUCUCCUCCUCAGGUACCUCCUCAAACUCCUUCUAAAAAAACCAAAAAUCCCUCAUCUUCAAAACCCACUGCUUCAACUAGAAAACCCUCAAGAGUUCAGUAUGGGGCUGUCUCUUCAAGGAAAAAGGUUCCUCAGGACUUUACUGUUCAUGUGAAAUGUUGUUCAUCAUCCAAAACAACUUCUUCUGUUCCUCUUUUUGACUCCACAGAUUCGGAGACAAAUUAUACCUCAAAAUGGAUCAAUAAAUUUUUGGUUCAUGGCAAGCACAUUGACCUAAUUAAUUUGAAAAAUGGUGGCUUUAACGUUGAAGAAGAGUUUGAUAAGUUAGGAUGGACCUCCUUUUUUAGAGUAAUUGAACCACAAUACACACGGCUGGUAAAGGCGUUCUAUGUUGCAUGUAAUGGUUGUAAAGGAAGCCCUGGUUUCAGUUUUGUACUCGAAGGAGUAUACUUGGAAGUAAACCCCACUACCUUAUGCAAAAUCCUUGACCUACAAGAUGCUGGAGCUCACUGCUUUGCUGAAACCUGGUAUAUGCAAUAUUUGAUCACUCGAACUUCUGUUCUUCAAAACAUCAUGAUAAAUCCUCUUAAGCCUCUCGUAGCUUCAAACCUUCCUCCUAUGUGUCGGAUUUUUCACAACAUUUGUGUUCACUCGAUAGUGCCUCGAGCUGGGAGCUUUGAAAAGGUAACCAAACUUGAUAUUCUGAUUAUUCAUCAUCUGUUGACUGGAACACCCCUUCAUUUGGGCAAUAUCAUUUGUAGCUACAUGUUGAAUGCUGCCAUUGUGGUUCGAUCAGCUCCCUAUGGAAUGAUCUUGACCAAAGUAUUUAAGUUCUUUAAGGUACCUCUUGAUGAUGAAGAAAGUAUUCAGUGCAAUAACUUCUUUUCUAUGAAAAUUAUCAAACAAAUGCACAUUGAUCUGCCUAAACAAACCCCCACCUCAAGGAAGAAGAAAUCAGCUUCAAAGAAACAGAAGUCUGCCUCUCCACCAUCUCAUUCUCGCACCCCCACUUCCUCAUUUAACUCAGCUGGCUCAACGCUUCCUCAAUCUCCAUAA